GGGAAGGUUACUCUUGAUAAAAACGGUGAUUGCGGGAAUCACCAACUUCUGGUGCUCAUCUUUCGUACUCCCUAAGGCGUGUGUCGACCGCAUUAACUCUCUUUGUAGUGUGUUCCUGUGGAAAGGAAACAUAGACUCUCACCCUUCAGCGAGAGUGGCCUGGUCAACGGUAACGAAACCAAAGAAAGAAGGAGGCCUAGGUGUAACGGAUCUUGCAACCUGGAACAAAGCUACUUGCCUAAAACUAAUUUGGCUCCUCUUCUUUAAGGCCGGGUCAGUAUGGGUCGCUUGGUAUAGGCAAGAAGUACUACAUGGAAGUAUAAGCAACUUCUGGACAGCAAAGCCUAACCAAACUAAUUCUUGGCUAGCCAAUAAACUCCUAAAGCUAAGGCCCUUAAUUUUCCCUUGGAUAAAAAUGAGAAUUGGGAAUGGACUUACUUGCAGGUUUUGGUAUGACAAUUGGACGCCUUAUGGGAGUCUGGAAGAGUACUAUGGUGUUGAAGGAAGUUCGAGACUUGGAAUCCCGAAACGAGCUGUCAUUGCGGAUCUCUCACAGAAUGGAAAUUGGAGAAUCCCUCAACCAAGGACGGAGAAUCAAUUACGAGUGGUUUCCUACAUCACUACCAUUGAGUUAUGUGAAGAGGAUGAUUACUAUGAAUGGGAGCUUGAUGGAAGAACGAGUACAACUUACUCUACACGUGACGUCUACCACUGUCUGCGUGGUGCUAAUCCAUUGGUGUCUUGGGCAUCUGCGGUAUGGAUUUCAGGAAACAUCCCUAGGCAAGGGUUCCUUACUUGGCUCUUUGUCUUGGAUCGUUGCCCAACUCGCGAUCGGAUGACAAAGUGGGGUCUUCAGGUUAGUCCCAACUGCUUGCUCUGUUCCACAGGAAUCGAAUCAAGGAAUCAUCUCCUUUUCGAGUGUGACUUUAGCUACUCAAUCUGGUCACCUAUUGCGUCCCGUUGUCGGUUCCGCCCUCACAGAGCCUGGAGCCAAACUAUCCUCGCCAUGGAAUCACUACGGGGUCAUAAGCUGCUUAGGAGGUUGACGCUUCUAGCUUGGCAAGCGACAAUCUACGCGCUUUGGACAGAAAGGAACUCCCGUUUGCACCGUAACACUUUCCGUUCUGCUGAUGCGAUCACAAAGUCAAUUGAGAGGCAGAUCACAAACAAGAUCUCCUCUCUCAGGCCAACGAAUCCAGUUACUGCUUCUACGCUAAUGCAAACUUGGUUUUCAACGUCCUAAAGAGAUUUCUGGGCAGUUCUCAUCUCUACUCUCUCAGCUCUCAUCGUUCUUCGACGUAGGGAGACGCUCUCAAACGUUCCUUUAGCUGGGCUGAAUGGUCUCUCUCUGUUACUGGAUAGUAACUCUUUUUCACUGGACUUUAAUCUCUUUUACUGGGCAUCCUCUUAAAACUAUAGCCUUAGUGCUUGUAACUCUUUUUUCAUUCUCCUGCAAUUUAAAUUUGAAAGCCAGUUUACAAAAAAAAAAAACAAAUGGAGACGAAUCAAACACCCAAUAACCUUAUGCAUAAUCUUGAAUAAAAAAAAGAGUUAAAUAUCAUUUGGUGAACAUUUACUCAACUAAGGCAAAUUGAGAUUCCUAGGUAGCAAAGCAUUGCAUAAAGCUCCACCAUUUCAUUUUAAAAAUGGUCAUAUGAAAAAGUAUCGAAAAGCAUUGCAUAAGACUGUGAUUAAAUAAACGCGGCAAAAUAACAGACGUUUUUCAACUGAAACGUAACUAAAAUAUCAAAAACAAAAAAAAAUGAAAUCUUUAAAUCCCCUUUUUAUUAAUUCUCAGGAAUCUCAACUCCACCUUCUUGAAUUUCUUGGCGGUUUCUUUCGCGAUCUUCUUGGGAGAGAACUCACUGCUCCGACUUCUCCUCCGGUUACGCGGAGGUACACGUCCACGAUCUCGCUCGGGUCCAACUUCUCGAAUUUCUUGGCGGUUUCUUGCGCGAUGUAUUCUCCGAUCUUCUUGGGAGCAAGAGAACUCGCUGCUCCGGUUACGCGGAUGUACACCUCCAAGAUCUGGCUCGGGUCAAGCUUUGGCGGCAUUGCUGUUUUGCGGAGGUUAAUGAGAUUUCUUCUUCUCGAUCGAGGAUGCGCUUUGAAGAUGUGUUUUUGAAGGAGGUUGAAGACGAAGUUAGGGUUUAUGGAAAUGGUGGAAACGACGAAUUCACCCUUGGACAUAUAUGGGCCUGAUAAGAGUGAUCUUUAUGGGCUUUUAGUCAAAAGCUGUACAAAUUAUAUCAUCGGUUCUGUUACGGUUUAGUUUGUUGUUUUCCCGGUUUGAUGGAACCGUUUUUAGAUUGUUUGGGAGUUUGGGUAUCUACGGAUUGUGUUACGGUAUAUGUUUAAAUUGUUUUGGAUAAGUUUAUAACUUUAUCUAAGAUCUAUUUUCAUUCUAACUCAUUUCAAAUUUCGUUAAUAAUAUCUGAUGAUAUAAUUUUAGUUUUUUUAUUUUUUUGUCGACAACAUUACAGACUCAUCAAAAUAAGUAUGAAAAUGAAUAUUUGACUAGGUUUCAAAUACAUAUUUCUAAUACUAAUUAAGAUUUUCGAAUCCAAAUUUUAUCGUUCGGUGGAAGAAGAGUUCAUGCAAAACACUACUUUUCUCUAUAGCGGUUGAUUUUUGGGGCCUUUCUUGUACAUAUCAAAGAAUUAUCUGAAAAUGGAAACACUGUUGCAUUCAAUCAAAAGCUAGAAUCAUUAAAUAAGAUGUCAUUCCCUUACCAAGAAUCCAAACAAUCUUUACAAAAAGAUUAAAUGCUUUGGCUAACGAUGUAGUUCUCUGGUAUGUUAAGCUCGUAUGGUUCUUUUUCUACGGUUGGGUGAAACACAGCUGAGAUUGAUUGCUAUCAAUUCAUAGCUCCUCUUGGCGACUGAUGGGUCCUUUGACAUAGGCAUUUCUCACGUCAUGUGUUGGUCAAUUUGGAUUUGGGCUGCGGUUUUGAUUCUUCAGAGCUCAGAAGAUGCUUGUCUUGCUGGAGGAGCUUUGUAUUUGUUGUCUCAAUGUUAGUAAAAUGAUCACCCGAUUGAUUUUCUCACUGUCUUUACGCAGGUAAGUGACAAUCAGUUGAUCAUGCAUCUAAUAAUCUAUAUUAUCUUAAAUAUCACAGAUGCAAUUGACUUAAUUUUUUCUUGUGCAUGACUUUGAUGGCCAAACUUCUAAUCAUGAUGGAUGAAAUUAAAGAUCUUGUAGGACCAUCUGUCUGGUAUUGUAUCAUCUUCUACGUUUACUUUCAGAGAGGUUUGUUACUUAUUAGUCAUUGAACCUUAAUGUGCUUGAAAUGUAACUUAAAACUUAAUGUGGUUGUUCAAUUAUUUUUCAGGAAAUGAGGAAUGUGAAAGAAGCUAUGGAAGAAAAUAAUGCAAAAAGGAAGGAAGAUCAAAACAAAGGAAGAUGAAGAAUAGAUUAGAAAUGCAAAGGAGGAUGGAGGAUCGAGCAUUGGCGCUAAACUAAACUUUAUCAUUCUCUUGUGUAAUCAGGUUUUAUGUGUUACUGUCCCAAGUUUACUCUUAUUUUGGCUUACAAGUUUGACAUUAAAAGCUCCAUCUAGAAAGUAUCUUGUUUGUAACACAUCAACUUUUGCGUUUGUGCAAUUAAGUAUUAACUGGAUGGUUUGUUUCUGGGAAGUUUGAUGUUACUAUAGAGCUGCCUUUCUUGGACAAAAAAAAUUCAGACAUUUCUUAUGGCUAUUUUGAUGUGUUAUAUAUUCUUGUGGCUCAUUAGUUUAAAUGCUUGUGGCUCAUUAGGUUUUUUGUCUCUUGGAUUAGGAAAAUACAACUCAUUUCUUCUUCUUUUUCAUCCUCUUUAUUUUCUCUAUUUCAAAUCCCAUUAUUCUUUUCCUUUGAUUUAUUUUCUUCUGUAGCUUCUUUCGAGUUCCUCUUUUACUGAAAAAUCAUUGAACAAUGAGUUUUGAGUUUUAGUCUCAAGCAUAUUAAACAAUAAGGUUUAAUGACAAAUUAAAUAACCUCUUACAUAGUAAAUGUAGAAGAUGAUAAAAGAGCAGACGGAUGGUCAUACAACAUCUCUAAUUUCAUCCAUGAUGAUUAGCCGUUCAACCAUCAGAAUUCUGCAUAAAAAAAUAUCAACUUGCAUCUGUGAUAUUUCAGAGGAUAUCGCUUAUUAGAUGCAUGACUAACUGACUGUCACUUACCUGCAUACAGAUUGUGGGAAAAUCAUUUUGGUGAUCUUCCUUAGUACCGACGAGACAACAAUUACAAAUACCAAAGCUCCUUCAGCAAGCGAAGCAUUUCCUGAGCCCCAUAAACAAUAAUUUUGUUUAAACAAUUGACUUUCAAUUGAGGUUAAGCAAAAACUAAGAGAAUAUUUCUAUUAAAUGAAAAAAAAGAAUCAAAGCCGCAGCCAAAAUCAAAUUGGACCAAGACAUAAAAAAGAUAUAUGUCAAUGUCACUGGAGUCAUCAUUCGCUGAUAGGAGCUGUGUAUUGAUAUCACACAAUCCCAGCUGUAUUCCAGUCAAUUCCAAACACCAAAUGCAGCUUGUGCUGCAUGGUGAUAUAUAUGAGCUUUGCAUACGAGAGAAUUACAUCAGCUGCCAAGUAAAUAAAAUGUAACUUACAAAAGUGUGGUUUCCAUCAUUAAAUCCAACAGCUUCUUUAAUAGCUUCAAACCAACCGAGUAUAUAUGGAGAAAUGACAACAGUUAGACCAAUAUGAGAAAGAAAAAAACUUGUAAAAAAAGGGUUAGAGAUUAGAUAAUGAGAAACAA